AGAGAUUCGGGCUACGACUCCCUCCAUCUCCGGCUAAGUGUUCUGGACAGACUGGUGCAUACACAUGCUGUGUGGUUACAGCUGUGUCUCAGCCACCAGGAUGCCACCGUCAUGCUACAGAACCAGUCCACAGGGGUGAGGGAACAGCAGCGACUGCGGCUUCUUGUAUUCAAUGCUUUCACUCUUUUUUCAAAGUUCACCAAGCACACAUAGAAACAGUAAACACAACACCAGAAACAAAAUGCAAUACAGUACAACACCAUAAACCCCAUCCUCCUUCAUCACUCCUACAAUUUCCUCUUCAACACUUCUGAUAGAAAUCUGGAAAUACAAGAGGCUGGAACACCAUAUUUGUCUUUGUGUAUUUAAUAAGGGUCUUUCUGCAGAAAGGAUCAACACAGAGAGCCACAAGGAUCUCAGCGAAGAUGCAGGACAGUCAAAUACAAUGAUCUUAUAUAGGAUGACUAAGGCUAUCUCUCUCAGCCAAUCCAGACUGGUUCUGAAGGCCCAGGGAGAGAUUUAUCUAAACACAGACAACUGAUUUACAUGUGUUGCCUUUGGAGAUAAGCACAUGAUUGAUUGAUUGAUUGAUAUACAUUCAGUUCUUUGGGAAGUCUAAAGGGUCUGACAGUUUUCAGGUCAUACAUAGUUCAGACCAUUAAAAACAGAGGGUCAUACAUUCUUUGGAGAGUUUGUAAAUGUAUGUAGAUAUACAGAUCAUAAAACUUACUUUUAGACCAUAACAUAGGUUUCAGCCAGACUUAGUUAUUUUUCCACCACAAGUAUAUAACAAACAAUGAGAGCAGAUUACUAUGUUUCUCAAUAGAUCAGAAGAUUUAUGUAUGUUUGGUAGAGUUGUUGUGAUAAGGUGCGCAGAUACCUAUAGCCUUAAAAAAAGGCAUGUCCAGAAUUAUAUUAUAAACCCUCUUUUGUUAGGAAUUCUGAUAAAGAAUGGCCACUCAUUUUUUCCUUUUCAAUCAAUCAAUCAAAUUUUUUUGUAUAGCCCAUAUUCACAAAUUACAAUAUGUAUCAUAGGGCUUUAACAAGGAGUGACAUCCUCUGCCCUUAAUCCUCAACAAGAGUAAGGAAAAACUACAUUUUAAGAGGGUAAAAAUAACGUCUCCACAUAGGCUUGAGUGGAGAAUACGUAAUUUACCCUCGACACCCGACAUUUAACGGAGCAAACAGCGAAGUUCUUCAACAUGGAUGACAUUAAAUUAAUAAUUGAAGUGGAGAAGUGCAGUGAGUUGUAUGAUCCUCGGAACAUGUUGUAUAAAGACAACACCAAGGAGGACACAUGUUGGGACGAUGUUGCUUAAUGUUGGAGCAACAAGUAAGUAUAUGCUUUUAAUCUACUGGAUCAAUGGGUGAUAUUAUUAGCGCUGCCCGGCGGUUCAGCGUCGCUUCAGUGUCCGGUGUGAAUAGCCAAGCGCCGGCGGGAUAGGGAUUAGCGCGGUGCUUUGGCGUCGCCUCCACGUUCUGUGUUCCUCUUUCAAAAUGAAUGCGCUGUCGAUGUCUUCUAAAACAGACUCAAUGGCAGCAUCUACACAUCUCAGCUCUCCAGCGGCAGGCAUCUUUGUUGAAAACGAAUUCAACCCAAGGGAUGACGUGGUUGAUUACGUUACCGUUGAUCAGCUGUCCAUCAUCGUAUAAAGCCCGCCCUGACAAUCUGAUUGGCCCGGUCGGGCAUAAUUUCUCCUCAACGGAGCGACUCCAGACCGAACUUCCCGACCUAAAAUAUGUUUGUGGUGAGGAAGUCAGCCAGUCUGCAGAGGAAAGUUAUAUCUCUUCGGAUGGACAAAGACUCUGCAGUUCCUGUCAAAGACUUCCCUGUGAAGGAGAGCCAGUACACUUUCUCUCUGGAGGGAUCAGGCCUGAGCUUUGCAGACCUUUUCCGUCUUGUGGCUUUCUGCUGCAUCAGCAGGGAUGUGUUGCCCUUCACUCUGAAGCUUCCAGAGGCUAUCGCUUCAGCCAGAACAUCUGCAGAUCUUGAGGAGGUUGCUAAACUUGGAUCAGGCUUCUGGGCCGCUCAGUUGUGCCAUAGGAGAAAGGUCUUGUUGUCAGGGGAAGGAGCUCCCAACAGACCACCUUCUACUACUCAGGGACCAGUCUCCUUCGCUGCGGCCCCAGAGCGCCCACAGCUUCAAACUCGCACCCCAUCUGAGCUUGAGUGCUGCCAAUCUAACGGAGCGCUGUGUUUCAUCAACCCCCUCUUCAUAAAGGUCCACCAACCAGACGGCGAUUCAAGUGCCACCGCCUCUGGCAUAGCAAAGCAGGUGCAGAGGGAGGAAUCUAUUAGCAACAACGGAGAAACCAGCCAGAAUACUCAGCCCUGUUGUGGCAGCAGUCCUCAGGUCUGCAGCUCAAAUCACAGUGACAGAAGCCAGUCGGGUCAAAGCGAACUGCACAGCCUCCUCAGAAACACAGAGCUACAAGCAGAUAACAGUCAAGCCAACUGCGGUCAGAAGCUAACUGUGUCUCGGGCCCCACCCCUUCGUCCACCUCUACCAAGCUCUGUGUCACGGCGCUCAGCCCCCCCUGUCAGACAGCGCAGCAUGCCAGAGAAGAUCUCCUGGAUCAACAUCCCCAAGGAGAAGGUUGAGGAGAGAGAGAGGGGCAGCAGCCUCCUGUCUCGUCUGGGCUCCUCACUAAGCAUCAGCCCUUCAUCCUCCCCUCCCAAGAGAUUCAACAUCAGCUCCCCUAUAUCCAUCUCCCGGCCCUCCCUGCCCCUUUCUCUAACUUCUCUCUCCUCCUCUCCACGUCGGGGCAAGUUGUCACCAUCAUCCAGCCAGGAGGAUGCUCAGUGCCACUUGGCACUGGAGGAGCAGACUAUUGAGAAGGCCCUCAUGCGGGCCAAACUGUCUCAGUGUAAUGCUACCAAAACCACUGUUCAAGUGUCCAGCAGUGCUCCAGAACAUUCAAUGAUGACAACCAGCAAGCAGGCAGAAAAGCAGCGAGAAGAAGAAGAAGCAGGUGAGGAAUGUAGUGGAGGUGGCCAGCGGCUGAGCGACAUGAGCCUCUCCACUGAUUCAUCAGAUUCUUUGGAUUUCUAUCAGUCCUCAGCAUUCUUCCUUCCUCCUCUGCAUGACCCUAGCCUCCCUACUGAGGCUGAAUUUAACACACACCUCCCCCUCUCCCUCCCCCCAUCCCAAUUGCCUUAUGGCAGCAUGGAGGAGGAAGAUGAUGAUGAUGAUGACAACGAGGAUGAAGAAGAGCAAGACUAUGGCGUCAGCCUUGAGAGUGAUCAAGACCAGGACCUGACUAUGGUGCCUCCCGGACAUCGCACAAAUCGUCGCCCAAGUGCCAGCGCUUUGGUCCUCCAAAAGGCCCUGCGAGGGCAACUGCGCAAGAUGAGCGGAGUUUUCCACUCACUGCUGACGCCUGAGAAGAGGGCGAUCCGCAGGGUUGUAGAGCUGUCCAGGGACAAAGGAUCAUACUUUGGCUGUCUGGUGCAGGACUACCUGAGCUACAUGGGAGAGGGUGCAGGCACCCAAGCCUGGCAGGGCUACGCCUCUGGACUUGAGCUGCUGCAGACUCUCCGCCAGUUUAUUACUCAAAUGAAGAGCUACCUGAUACAGAGCUCCGAAAUGGAGCCGCCAAUUGAGAGCCUAAUUCCUGAAGAUCAGAUCGACCGGGUCCUGGAGAAAGCCAUGCACAAGUGCGUGCUGAAGCCUUUAAAGCCGGUAGUGAGUGCGGCCCUGCAGGAGUUCCAGGUAAGCAGUGGAGCAUGGCAGGAGCUGCAGGAGAACUUGUCACUGGCCAAGGCACGGCAGCCGCAAGAUGUGGGUGUCGAAGAUAUGCUGCCCCCGGAUCACGUGGCUAUUGAGAAGAUCAAGCACAAGUUCCAGACCAUGUGUAAGCUGUACUCUCCAGAGAAGAAGGUUACACUGCUGCUGAGAGUGUGCAAACUCAUCUACACCAUCAUGGAGGACAAUUCAGGUCGUCUAUAUGGUGCUGACGACUUCCUGCCGAUGCUCACCUAUGUUUUGGCCCAGUGUGAUAUGCCUCAUCUGGACAAUGAGAUACUUUACAUGAUGGAGCUGCUGGACCCUUCACAGCUUCAUGGAGAAGGUGGUUACUAUCUGACCAGCGCCUAUGGAGCGAUGUCCCUGAUCAGAAAUUUCCAGGAGGAGCAAGCUGCUCGAGUCCUGAGCUGUGAAACCAGACACACACUUCACCAGUGGCAUCGGCGCCGCACCACCCAGCGCUCUGCUCCCUCCAUUGAUGACUUUCAGAAUUACCUGCGGGUGGCUCUGCAGGAGCUGGACAGUGGCUGCACGGCCAAGACUCUACAGGUCCGCCCUUACGCCAGCGUAGAGGAGGUGUGCCAGCUGUGUGCCCAGAAGUUUAAGGUUUCUGACCCUCAGAACUAUGGCCUCUUCUUGCUGAUGGAGGGCAGCAGCCAGCAACUUGCACCGGACACCUAUCCUCAGAAGAUCAAAGCUGAGCUCCACAGCCGCCCACAGGCUACCCCCUUCCACUUCGUCUUCCGACGUGUUGCCAACAGCAGCAUUUUGUCGACAGCUCCCUUCGAUGCUAUCCCCAACCUGAAUGAGCUCAGCAUGGACCUGUCUGACUCCUCCCACCAAACCCGGCGAAGCUUACGCCUGUGCCCAGCUCCGAUCCUCAGCCUGACAGGGGGCCAGCUGGACGUUUGAACAGGGGCUUUGUCUCCCUGCUGUGAGAAUAUCACUCAUAAUCUCUAACAAACAUGGUGUCAGCAGACCAAAGGGGGCGAGCAUGUUGAAAUGAUUUAACUGUGCCAAACGGUGCCAGUCUUUACAAGGCCCGACUUCUCCUUUUGGAUGGCACGUCUGUCUCAGUCUACAUCCCCUUGCUGGAAAGUACUUUCCAACAGACAAGGUGAAAGAGGAAAGAAGGGAAGGAAAUGAAAGAGAUUGGGUCUUUUUUACCCUCCUUGGCAGAGCUCUUAUUGUCUAACCACACAUUUAUGGUAGAAAUGUAUGGCAUUAUGUACAGAUUUAUUGAAGAAAAUGUGUUCAGUCCUGCCUUAAUGCUGGUGCAUGAGUUGCAGUUUCACAGUCAGUUUUUAUUGUCGCUACCAUUGAGGUACGGGAAAUCAAUUAUAAAUCUUUGAUUCACUGCUUUAAAUAUAUCACAGAUUUAUUUAGGUAAUGUAUUAUUAACUGCUAUAUACUUGUUACAGUUGCUGGUAAACUGUAUUUUGUUGUUUAAGUUUUGAAACUGUUUAUGCUUUGGUCUGUUUGGGUGGGUUUAGGUGACACCAAGUGGUGCCUGGUGCACAUAGCAAUCUAAUAUUUGCCAUUAGAAUUAGGACAUUUCUAGUUAAACAGCCACUCAGCUGUACACUUACACUCAAGCAAAAUAUACAUUUGUUAUGUUUUUCUUUGCUGUAUCUGUAGCCCUUUAUCUGUAAAUUACAAUCCAGUCAUAUCCAGUCUAUGCGCAGGCUCAUGGUUCAUAAACCUCAGCCACUUGUUGCUGCAUGUGUUUUCACACAUCUGAUACAGACUGAAACCUGAAAACACACCUUGAUAGUUUCUUCUUUAAGCAUUCUUACUAGCAGACACAAAUUGAAAUGAAUAUUCUUAGAACUACAACAAUGCUUUAAUAAGAAACAGAUAUUGGGAGUGUUUAUAUAAGAAUUUGUAAAAUAUUAUUCCUGCAUGUAAUUUGUGUUUUAAGGUAAUGUUGGAAACAGGCAGGUCUGCCAGUGUCAAGAACAAUGUCACUUUCAUGGAUGUAUUUACUCAUUAUCCUGGUGAUAUGAACGAUACUUGUUGCUUAUUGCUUGUUAACUUUUCCAUUUAGAUUGACAACACGUAACAGAGAUUCAUAACUGUUUCUAUGUACUACUGACAGAUGAGAGGUUUUUGUUGUGCUGAGAAAAAAAGAGGGUAAAUGAAGCUUCUUGCAGCUCCGAGGUCUCAGCCAGGGAAACAAGCUGUGUGGUUGUUUGUGGAGAGAGAAAUGCCGAGAUGGUCUGUGACGCAGUCUGCAUCAGUAAUGACGUUGGUUCUGUCAGGAAACAUUACUUGAAAACGUUUCAGCGAGUGGAGAGGGAAGUGGAAGAUGAUGCAGGUGAAGGAAACCUGUUGGAGCUAGUAGAGAGGUAUUAAUAUCAUUUGUCAGUGUGUGUCACAGUAUAGCCUGUACGUAGCUCACCGUGUGUAUCUUUGUGGGCGCAGUGUUCACAGUCUGCAUUGCCAAGUUAUUGGCACUGUCUUUGAUUGGCAAAUUGAGUAUUUAUAUGUAUCUGUGCUGGGAUUUGUAAUAUUCUGUAAUGUGUCAAAGUAUAAUUUUAAUUCAGCAGAAAUCUUCCUGCUUGUUAUUUGCCAUUGAACAAUAUCAUGAAUUUUAUUUUGUACUUAAUAAACAUUUGAUCUCGA